GGCGAUGGGACCUCAUCAAAAUCCAUUCCCCCUCAGUUCUCCGCUAAGAAGAAGUCUCUCCUUCAAGCAAGAAUCCCCAGCAGACCUUCUUCCCUGUAUCCCUGCAAAAUCCCAUUUCAUCUCUCCCCUGUUUUGAGCAGAUACUGGGUUCUUUUCCUGCUUCAAAAUCUCGUUCUUGAUAAGUUUUCGGCUGGUUCUUGACCCGGGUUCUUGGGUUUUUGGGGCUGAUUUGUGGGAAAGUUUGAAAAUUUUUGUAUUUUGGAUUUUGGGUUGGGAAGCUAUGGAGGUUUCGGUGAUCGGAAGCUCUCAAGCCAAGAUUUUGAAGACGGACUUGGCGUGCAGAGAGCUCGGGCUGUUGAGUUUCAAGAACGGCGGCCGCGUUUCCUGGGGGAAGUCCCAGAUUUCGUUCGGUCGGAGCUGUGGGUUGAGGAAUUCCGGGGUGAGGUUGACGUUGAAAGCUGUGCAGACUGAAGCGAUCCGGCCCCAGAAAAUUUCAAGACCUCAAUCUUUGCAGCAGCAUGGCGUGAGGUUAUAUGUGGGCUUGCCAUUAGAUGCGGUUUCCUAUUGUAAUGCGGUAAACCAUGCAAAAGCGAUAGCAGCCGGCUUGAAAGCACUGAAACUUCUUGGUGUUGAAGGUGUGGAGCUCCCAAUCUGGUGGGGCGUAGUCGAGAAGGAAGCCAUGGGCAAGUACGAUUGGUCUGGCUAUCUUGCUCUGGUAGAGAUGGUCCAUAAAGUGGGUCUCAAACUUCAUGUGUCGCUCUGCUUCCACGGAUCUAAACAUGCGAAAAUACCCCUUCCCGAGUGGGUGAUAAAAAUAGGAGAACAAAACCCCAGCAUUUUCUUCACAGAUCGCACCGGUCAGCAAUACAAAGAGUGCCUAUCACUAGCGGUCGAUGAAGUCCCAGUCCUAGAGGGGAAGACUCCUGUUGAAGUCUAUAAUGACUUCUGUGAAAGCUUCAAGUCGUCAUUUUCUUCAUUCAUUGGUUCCACAAUCGAUGGUAUCUCGAUGGGUCUCGGACCAGAUGGUGAGCUCAGAUAUCCUUCUCACCAGGGCCUAUCCAGAAGUAGCAAAGUCCCUGGAGUGGGAGAAUUCCAGUGCUAUGACAAAAGCAUGCUUGCGCUUCUCAAGGAACACGGGGAAACAACAGGAAAUCCUUUGUGGGGACUUGGUGGACCGCAUGAUGCCCCUGCUUAUGAUGCAUCUCCGAGCUCAAACAGUUUUUUCAAGGAUGAUGGAGGGUCGUGGGAAUCUCCGUAUGGUGACUUUUUCCUUUCCUGGUACUCAAGCCUGUUAGUACGUCACGCAGACCGCCUUCUCUCGCUUGCAUCUUCAGCUUUUGGGGAUUCAGAGGUAGCAAUCUACGGUAAAGUGCCAUUGGUGCAUCAGUGGUACAAGACUCGCUCCCACCCUGCUGAGUUAACAGCCGGAUUCUACAACACGCAAAACAGGGACGGUUACGAAGUGAUCACUGAGAUGUUUGCACAGCAUUCUUGCAAGAUGAUCUUGCCGGGAAUGGACCUUUCAGAUGAAGGCCAGCUACAGGAGGGCCUCUCGAGUCCAGAGCAAUUGCUAGGACAGAUAUGGUCGGCUUGCAAAAAGCAUGGGGUUGAGGUUUCUGGAGAGAACUCUUCAGAUGCUGUUGCUCAUGGGGGAUUUGAACAGAUUAGGAAGCAUUUGUCGGGUGAAGAUGCGGCACACUCGUUCUUUUACCAAAGAAUGGGGGCGUAUUUCUUCUCGCCCGAGCAUUUUCCCUCGUUUACUCAGUUGGUUCGGAACAUGAAACAGCCGCAGAUGCACACUGAUGAUCUCCUCAGUGAGGAGGAAAAAGCCAAGGAGCCUGUGGCUGCGACAUCUGAAUCCGGAAUCCAGAUGCAAACAGCUUAGAGUUAGUCUUUUUGAAGUAUAGCAACAUGUAUUCAGCUAGAGAAGAUGUACAGAUGUAUUAUAAUACCGUGGUAUACCAUGAAGCUAUUGAGAAAGCCUGUUUUCCAAGUUCACUCUGGGAAUAAUUUUAUUUUUCCAGAUAAUUUGAGUAGAUGAUAUGGGUAUUUUGAAAGGAGUAGAAAAUCA